AUGGCCGCGAAAGCAGAGCUCCCGGACUGGCCAGAGUACCCGGAGGAUUUCCCCCUGGCGCACAUCAACUCCAAAUCCUGGAUUUCUCCUCACGCCAUCCGCGCCCUGGCGCGCAGGGAGGCGCACGGAUCCGCAGACGCGGGGAUCCCGCUGGACAAACUCGUGCCAAUGAGCAGAGUCCCGGAACGCGUGUCCGCGGGGAGCCUGGCGGAGGCAGAGCCCGGGAGGGCGGCGGAUGGGGGGAAGGCGGGUCACGUCGGCCCGCAGAGACACCGGCGCGUCGCCGCCAACGCCAGGGAGAGGAGGAGGAUGCACGGCCUCAACAAAGCCUUCGACGAGCUGAGGAGCGUCAUCCCGUCUCUGGAGAACGAGAAGAAGUUGUCCAAGUACGACACGCUGCAGAUGGCGCAGAUCUACAUCACGGAGCUGUCCGAGCUGCUGGCCGGCGUGGUGCACCCGGAGAGCAGGAGUCCCGCGGCGGACCGGAGCUCCGGCAGGAGGAGCCUGAUCCACUCCCUCCUCCCCCCGGCCCCCGGCGCGCAGAACCCGAAGGCGCUGCCCGGGGAGCAGCGGGACCAGCCCGCCUCCUUAGGACGCCUCAUUAUACUCGGACCAACAUCCGACCUGGAGUCAAACCAGUCCUCCAACAGCAGUGAUGGAGAGUCCUCUCACCUCAGCGACCUGGAGGAGAGUCAGAGUCUCAGACUGUGA